ACCAAACAUUUGAAUUGCUGCAAAAUCAUGUUAACUCAUCAAUGAUCACAUGAAAUAAAUUAUACAUCUCCUGAACUGAAACAGGAGGAAAUCAGGUCACUCAGGUACUGCACAUCUUUCAGUGGCUACAGCUAGAGGCCACCACAGCAAACUGACAAACCGCAGCAACAGAUCCAUUUCUGCGGCCAGUGCUCUCCUAUCUCCUCCAUUCCCCUCGUCUCUUCGCCAUGGUCGCCAUCUCCGCUCACCUCAUCGCCACUCUUCCGUCUCUCCCGACACUCCGGCCCUGUCCUCGCCGGCUUCAGCCGAGCGCCUUCGCUACAUCCGAGGCCCCGCACCGAGCCCCCGCCCCCGGCGUCGCCCUCCGUGGCUGCAGCAGGCGUUGCAGCCCUUCCGUAAGAAGAUUUCAUGGGUUUCAGAAUGCAAUAAGCUUUGGGAAGGAGCACAACAGGCAAGCCCUAUUCGCUUCAGGCAGAGGUUCUCCUAGCUCCAGUGACGAUGGCUCGAGUUCUCCUGAUGGCCCACCUGUCCUGACCAUUCUGGCAGGUGUCACCGUGUUCCUUCUUGUCCUCUGGGUCGUUGGAUCGGUCGUUACCUGGAUUGUGGGCUUGGUCUUUGGCGCUGCGAAAUCUUAGAAGGUGGAUGGUAGGCUACCAAUCAGUUGUAUAUACUUUAUUUGUGUUGGAAUCGUUACAUUGAAUAGCUGCAUUUGAUGCUCUUUUUUUUCUGACGGAAAGUCUCGUUUAUAUAAUUGCAAUUGCCUUUUGUGCCGUUA